CCUUAUGGCUGAUUACGGCUCUAGUUGGAAGGAACAUCGUCGCUUUGCUUUGACCACUUUGCGGAACUUUGGUCUGGGGAAGAACUCAAUGGAGGACAGGAUUCAUAAGGAGAUGAAACACAUCAUUAGUACCCUGGAAGAGAGUGUUGGUAAAACCAUGAGUCCUCGAGUUAUGUUCCACAAUGCGGCCUCCAAUAUCAUCUGUCAAGUACUUUUUGCCACACGCUAUGAGUAUGAUCAUGCGUUAAUACAAUUUAUUGUCCGAUGCUUUACUGAGAAUACCAAGAUAGCCAAUGGACCAUGGGCUAUGCUGUAUGACUCUCUUCCUUUAAUUCGUUACCUGCCGCUGCCUUUCAGGAAGGUCUUCAACAAUGCUGAGGCUUUAGAAAAUCUUGUAGCUGAUUUUGUGAGGGAGCACAAGAAGACCAGAGUCCCGGGAGAGGCACGCGACUUUAUUGACUGCUAUUUGGAUGAACUGGAAAAGAGAGGCAACGAUGGUUCUUCAUUUUCAGAAACGCAGCUCCUUAGGUACACCUUGGAUCUUUACGUUGCUGGGACUGACACUACAUCCAACACCCUGCUUACUGGUUUUCUUUAUCUCGUGAACUACCCACACAUACAAGAACAAUGUCAGGAGGAGAUAGACCGAGUGCUGGAAGGGAAAGAUCAGGCCAGUUUUGAGGACAGACACAAGAUGCCCUACAUGCAGGCUGUGAUUCACGAGAUACAGAGAGUUGCCAACACUGUUCCUCUCAGUCUCUUCCACUGCACCACUAAAGACACAGAGCUGAUGGGUUAUUCCAUUCCCAAGGGAACAAUG